AUGCCAGGAACUAUCGGAGACGAGGGGCUGUGCCAGGCGGUACUAGGCUUUGUCGCCGGAGGGACUUAUCCCGAGGAGAAUGUAGUUGCCAGCAAGUUCCCGGCAGCUGCUCUCGCUAGGGAAUUGGAGCUCAUAGCGAAGGCGCGUGAGCAGGUAGAGAAUGAGAUUAGUUCCCUGAGUCGCGAGAACACCACCUUCGAUGCCGACAACUGGAUCAUCCAAGCGAAACAACUUCACGCCGAUAUCGAGCGCUCAAGAUUGACUGCGCGAGAAAUUGUCGCGCAGCACGAGCAUACUGAACCUCUGCAGGCGAAGGUUGAAGAUGCGAGGGCCAAAGUCGCCUUGGUUGAGACGGAGAUAGCCUUCAACCAAGCCGUAGCAGGUACCUUGGAGGAAGUGCAACGUCUGUGCCAGCAGCUGGAGACCGGACGAGUUGCUCUCAGGAAUGGUCAGAUCACCACCGCCAUUGAGCAAUUGGAGUCUACCGACGCGGCUGUUGGGAAGGAUGCCUUUUUUACCAAUACAAAUGUCAUGAGUAUACUCUCCGAUGAGGUAUCACUGCUGCGAUCGGAGAUUGUCGAGGCUCUUCGUUUGCGUUGGGCCGAGCAGCUGAAGGUUGACCGACAACAAGGGGAAUUCCGGGUCGCCAGCACAGAUACAGAUAUGGAUUCUCUCGAGAGCACUAUUACGUCGCUAGCCCGACUGGAUAUACUCAUAUCUGCUAAUGAAAAGCUCCAAAAGAACCUGUUGUCUGCGAUCAUUAAUCCGAUCUUGCUACCUGGCCCCAACGGAACCAGCCAUGGUGUAGUAGUGACGAAGACUAGCAUUCGCAUUGAGCCUGAGGCCUCAGAAGCAACAGCAUCGGAGACGCUGGAUCGCCUGUCCGAGGUUUUGGGCUACUUGCGAGAAAGUCUACCCACAUCAGUGGCUGCGAAUUUCUCGGAAUCAUUCAUUGCGAUAAUUUCCUCGAAGGUGAUCUCCGAGUGGCUGUCUUCUGCUAUCCCCACCGAUUUAAGUGGUCUUGCUGAAUUUGAAAACACCCUGAACCGGGUUUUACAAUUCACCAAGCAAAUAGAUUCCUGGGGCUGGACUGGCCAAGAAGAGCUCGUCUCAUGGGUCAACCAAGCUCCCCGCUUGUGGUUGACUCGACGCAGGGUAGACUCGCUUGAUAGCGUCCGCAAGGUCCUUGCUGCUAGUCAGGGAACGACAAAACAGGUCGAGCGAAUUGAAAAGGAAAAGGUUUCCCAGGCUGACGGAGCACUUUUGGAGAACGUCGUUCAUGAUGAUUGGGACGCGGACUGGGGUCACGAUAAAGAAGAUGAUGCGCCCGAGAAAUCAACAAAGCCCGAGGAAGAAGAGGAAGACGUUAGUGCAUGGGGGCUUGAUGACGAUGAUACCCAUGAAACUCCAGGCCAGACAAAACAAGACGAACCGUCUUCCAUGGAAGAUGAUGACGCUGAUGACGCCUGGGGCUGGGGUGACGAUGAUGAAGACGACCAAAAAGUCGAUAGUCAGCCCGCGCAUUCCCAGACCACUGCACAGAAAAAACCGGACGACGUCAAGAGUCUAGUUGGGUCUGCAUCACCUAAAGAGGUCACCCUGAAGGAGGUAUUCACAAUCACCGAUAUCCCCGAGUCUGUUCUCAGAGUCGUUCAGCAGCAAAUCAACGAUUCAAAGGAUAUCUCGCAGCCUAUACAUGCCAACUCCCGUGUCGCUUCUUCUGGCGCUGGUCUUCUUGCACUGCCAACCUUGAUAUUGGCUAUGUUCAAAGCUACCUCGUCCACAUUUUACUCUCUGAAACUUAAUUCAGGGCAGAUGUACCUCUACAACGAUAGUUUGUACCUUGCCGAUGAGAUACGCAAAUUGGUUGAGGAGCAUGAACUCUCCAGACUCCAGCCCGAUGUCGAGGCCCUCGAGAAAUUUGGCAAAUUUGCGUAUAGCAAAGAGAUGCAAACGCAGCGCACGAUUGUCACUGAUCUGUUGGACGGUGCCCAAGGAUUUGGACAAUGCUCCGAGCAGCCCUUCCAAGCGGACUGUGAGAAUUCUGUUGCCGCAACUGUGGACCGGAUUCGCGAUGUUUACAAGGAAUGGCAACCUAUUCUGUCUCAUUCCGCGCUGCUUCAGUCUGUCGGGUCUCUCUUGUCUACAGUGAUCAACAAGGUUGUUAUUGACGUUGAAGAUCUGGGUGAUAUUUCAGAGGACCAGUCCCGGCAACUGGUCUCCUUCUGCAACCAGAUCUCUAAAUUGGAGGACCUCUUUGUACCCGAGGCCGAUGGUGAUGCGGGAGCAUUGCCAGUCACUGCCAUCUAUGUUCCGAGCUGGCUCCGUUUCCAGUAUUUGAUCAACAUCCUUGAGAGCUCUCUCGCCGAUAUCAAGUUCCUUUGGCUCGAAGGGGAAUUAGGCUUGGAGUUUUCUGCUGAGGAAGUGAUCGACCUGAUUGAGGCAUUGUUUGCAGAGUCUGAUCACCGGCGACGUGCUAUUUCUGAGAUUCGAAGAGCCCCUCGAGGAUAUGAAGAUUUGAUGACCGCAGCAGAGGCUGCUCAGCGACAACUUACCAGCCAACAGGAGGAUAUUGCUCUACCUGAAAGCACCGGCCCAAUUCUCGUUCCUACUGGCCUUCGACGAUAUGCGCUGUCCACACUGGUGAACAAUCUUUUGGGGAGCGAAAAGCCCGUUCCCUUCGAGUUUUUGAUCAAUGGAACUUUUUUGCGGACCUCAAUUGACGAGUAUCUGGUUUCCAACGGUAUCUCUGCUGAGACAACUCUCGAGAUUGAAUAUGUUCGGGCUUUGACCCCGCCACUGCACAUUGCCUCGUUCCAGCACGAUGACUGGGUUAGCGCGACUGAUGUCCUUUCCAAGACUUCAGCUGCUGCGUCCUGGGCGUCAGGUGCAACUUUCACCAAGGGCCAGGAAAGAAUCCUGUCGGGAAGUUAUGAUGGUCUGCUUCGAAUCUGGAAUAUGUCUUCUGAGACUAUUGCGACCUCCCCUGCUGCCGCUGAUGGAGGCCACACUGCAUCUAUCAAAGCCGCCAAGUUCGUCUCUCCGAACCAGAUCGCAUCUGCUGGUCUUGAUCGCACAGUCCGGUUGUGGAAGUAUACCGAAGGAGAGGGUGGGUUCACUGGAAAGAUCUCUCCCCAGUUGGAACUCUACGGUCACAAGGCUGGAAUCGAGUCACUAGCAGUCCAUGCCAAGUCCAACCGUCUGUUGACUGGUUCGGCAGACAACACUGUCGGAUUCUGGUCCACCAAAAAGGCUGAUGCCCCGGCUGCACCAGAGAAUCUGCUUCCAUCCAGCAAUGCCCGUAACACUAAGCGCCGCAGGUUGAACACAUCCGUCAGCACUCCCCAGCGUGGCCCUCUGUCCCUCCUUUCAGCCCACACAGCACCCGUUUCUGCUGCUAUCUUUGAUGGAAAGGAUGCUACUGUUGGUUACUCAGCCUCAUGGGAUCACUCUCUGCGGACUUGGGAUUUGGUCACUGGUUCUCUGGUCGACACUCGCACAACAUCACACUCACUCCUCUCGCUCGAACACCUCCCUGAACUCAGCCUGUUGGCUGCUGGUACCGCCGCUCGUCAUAUCACUUUGAUUGAUCCUCGUGCAUCUGCCACGACAGUGGCUGCCAUGACCCUCCGUGGCCACACUAAUGCUGUUGUGAGCUUGGCUCGUGACCCCCACAGCACAUAUGGUCUCAUCAGUGGUAGUCACGAUGGUACAUGCAGAAUUUGGGAUAUUCGGUCUACCAAGACCGACAAGGAAGGUGUUGUUGGUGAGAGUGUUUACUCGAUUACCCGGAAGAGCCUCCAGGAUGAGGGCAAGUCGGAUAGCAAGCGCGUUGGUGGCGAAGGUGUGAAGGUAUUCAGCGUGUGCUGGGACAAGACGGUGGGCAUUGUCAGUGCUGGUGAGGAUAAGCAGAUCCAAAUCAACCGCGGUGAAGGUGUCCUGUCUUCACAGGCAUGA